AUGGCUCAGCCGCGGGCGUUUUGGCGAGGCGGGCGCGGUGUGCGCAAGGCCCAGCUGGUGUCGCGGCACCUGUCCGCAGACUUUGUGGACAGGAACUAUGAGGUGGUGAAGCCGCUGAACCGCGGCAGCUUCUCGCGGGUGAACUUGGUGAGGGACCGGCUCACCGGCGCCCUGCGGGUGUGCAAGGUUAUUGACAUAAAGGACAUGGACCCGCACGUGCUGGGCAUGAUGCGGAAGGAGGUUCAGAUCCUUUCGGCGCUGGACCACCCCAACAUCGUGCGGCUUUUCGAGUUCGCGGAGGACGAGAGGAAGCACGAGCUGGUUUUGAUCCUUGAGUAUGUGCAAGGUGGGGACUGCAUCGACCUCCUGGAGGAGAAGGCUCGACUGCUGCCAGAGCAACUGGCUGCCAGGAUCAUCCAUCAGCUGCUGGUGGUCCUGAACUAUUGUCACAAAUGUGGCAUCACCCACCGUGACGUGAAGCCUGAGAACGUGAUGCUGACCUCCCUCUCAGAGGAUGCCUUUUGCAAGGUCAUCGACUUUGGGUUGGCCACUCCGUACAAGGGCCGGGUGAAGGAGUUUGCGGGCACCGUCUCGUACUUGGCCCCCGAGCUCGCCAUCGCGCAGGCUCCGACCUCGGGGGGCGCUUGUUGGGCGCUGGAGCCAAAGCCGAGCCGUUUCUCCAUGGCUGCGGACAUUUGGGCGGUGGGGGUGACCGCCUUUGAGCUCCUGGCGGGUGCGGAAGCCGCCUCCAACGCCCGGCCGCUUCCGCCAGCUUCGGUCAUGAAGUCCUUGCUGCGGAGGGUGGAGGGCCGGCGGGGCGAGCGUCAGCCCGGGUCGCGGCAGGCGCUGGGCACCUUGAGCUGCAUCAACGCCCUGAACUUCGCGGACCGCUACGUGCCCUCGGCCGUGAAGACCAACAUGCAGCUGGACCUGGGGCUCAACGACUGGCAGAGCGCCCUGCCGGCCAUGGCCAUGACCGCCGUCUUCACCGUGGCCUCCCUGAUCUUCGGCUUCCUGGCGGACCGCGAGCUGCUGGACCGCCGGGUGCUGCUGGCGGGGGGCAUCGCCUUCUGGUCCUUCGCCACGGCGCUCGCCGGCUUCGCCCAGAACCUGUGGCAGCUCAUGCUCUUCCGGUCCCUGGUGGGGGUUGGGGAGGCCGCCUUUGCCACCGUGGCGUCCCCCAUGAUUGCCGAUUUCUACCCGGCGCCUCAGCGGAACCGGGCCUACACCAUCUUCGGUCUGAGUGCUCCGGUGGGGGCUGCGAUCGGAUUUGGCAUUGGCUCGAUCAUGGGGCAGGAGCUGGGCUGGAGAUGCGCCUUCUUCGUCUGCGGCUUCCCGGGGGUGGUGGUGGCCUUCACCGUGCUGCUGCUGAACGACCCCCCCAUGGGGAUCAACGAUGACGGCGAAGACCCGCUGCAUGAGGACGACGAUGAAGAUUCAGAUUCCGACUCGGACGGGACAGAGAAGAGCGUGGGCGGCCACUGCUUGCGAGAGGAGCUGCAGUUGCUGCGAAACCCCUACUUCUUGCUGGCAACCAUGGGGAUGGUGGCCAUUACAUUUGCAAUAGGGGGCCUUUCUGAAUGGUAUCCGACCUUCUUAGUGCGCUAUGCCCACAUGGAGGAAUCCUCCUCUGGGCUUGUGCUCAGCGGGAGUAGCGUCCUGAGCGGUAUUGGCGGCACAGUGUUAGGUUCCAAGGUCGCAGAUUACGUCGCCCAGAACAUCGGCCCCGGCGCUUUCUUCCUGGUGCCAGCCGCAUUCAUGGUGCCGGGCGCUAUUCUGAUUGCAUUAGCGGCGAACCUCAAGAGCAAGGCCUUCCUGGUGGCGUGCAUCAUCUUUGGGGAGACCUUCUUCUUCACCUACCAGGCCCCCAUCACGGCACUCUCCAUGUCGGUUCUUCCAGUGCACAGCCGGGGUCGGGGCUCCAGCCUCCAGAUCCUUCUGUGCCACGCCCUGGGGGAUGUCAUCUCCCCGCCCAUUAUCGGCUUCAUCUCGGACAAGUCCAGUCUACAGCUCGGCAUGCAGCUGCCAUGGAUGGCCGUGAUCCUCGCCGGGCUCGCGUGGUUCUGCGGCUACUUCUGCCUCGCGCCGCCCCCGAUGGCCACCAAGCCGCGGGGCAAGGACACUGGCACUAUCACCAACCUCAUGUACCGAGGCGUGUCGCCCUUCGGGAAGCUCCAGGAGUACGGCAACUCCUGCGAGCCCAUCCUGGACCAACUGUGCGACUACGAAAGCUUCGACGAGGGGCCAUGCCUCAGCCCCCCAUGCGAGUAA